AUGCGUGAUGAAUGUGCGCGUGUGUGUGAGCGUGUCAGACACUGGUACAUCGGUCCUGUCUGCACCUCAGCGUGUGCGCGUGUCGAACGUGUGCGCCUUUUCCUCAUCCUCCUCCUCCUCUUCUCCACCACCACCUCCGCCACCGCCGCCUCCUUCUUCUUCUCUGCCUCCUCCUCCACCACCUCCUUACUGGGUGACACGUCGAAGCCAUCAUAUUGUGGAUAUCAUCACCGUCGCAUCCUAACCACCCCGCAGCACAAAGGAGACCUUCGGUGGGUGUGCGUGUGUCUGCGUGUGAUUGAUUUACAUGUGUACCAAUUAAUAACCCACCGGACCGCAGUCGAUCAUCAAUCAAUUACGCUGCUCCCCUCUCUACCUCGCCUUCCUGUGCAAUCGAACAGAAUGCCCAGUUCAAAUGGAAGUGCUGGAGGUGGCAACACCAACGGCACCAGUGGAAGACCUCAAUCGAUUGAUGCAGUGAAAUCGGUGGACAUGUAUAACCCCAUAUGCGGCACACUUGAUCCAACCUCUACUUUCACCCUAUCACAAACACUCGCGCGCUUUAACUCAGAACGUCGUAAAGACUUCGAUGGGUAUCGAGGAUUCGGUGGUGUGGAUGUGGACGAUUGUUGGAUGAUUAAUGUUCCGUGGAACGCACGAUUGUCAUCGCCUUGA